AGACAUGCUUGGGAAGAAAUGAAUUCCUUCCUGAGCGAAAGGUAUCGGACAUUGGAAGCCAUCGAAGAUAUGAAACCGACUCAGGCAGUUCCAAAAAGGCUUCAAUCCUUCGAGACAAAGGUCAGCACCAAACAGAAAGGGUGUGACUUAUGUUCUAAGGAGAACCAUCCGGUAAGAUUGUGCCCGCGUUUUCUUCAAAUGUCUGUUGACUCGCGCUACGGCUAUAUAACAAAGAAGCAGCUAUGUCUGAAUUGUUUUGCCAGAGGUCACCAGCUACAUGACUGCACAAGCACACACAGCUGCUUUACAUGUAAGGGCACGCACCAUACGCUGCUGCAUCGCAGCCCCCCAAGUUCCUCAACCUCGCCCCCUACACAGCAUCCUCCGAGACCCUCCAGCAGAAAUGCAUCGGCAAGCACCUCAGCGGUGCAAACUUUUUUCGCGUCCGGCACUUCAGCCGUCCUACUGAGCACAGCGAUCAUUGACGUGUGCCAUUUGGGGACGAACUACCAAGCCCGAGCCUUAAUCGACUCGGGAUCCGAGGCGACGUUCAUUUCAGAACGCCUGUUCAACCUCAUCAAGUUGCCAUUCCGCAACACCCAGACCCAAGUCUCCGGGUUAAAUCAUUCGGUCUCCGCGAAAUCCUCGAAGCUGUGUCACUUCGGGAUUCGCUCUCCUACGAAGCCAGGUCUACAGUUAGACACUGAAGCGUACGUCCUUCCGGAGCUCUCAGGCCCUCCUUUCCGAUCCCUCGGAAUUCUUUGAAGGACCUGCCCGCACUCCGCUGGG